UAUAUCACAACAAUUCUGUUUUCCCCGCAUUUCUCUAUUCUUGCAUUCGCAUACGCUGCACUGUCCGUUAGCCAGUGCGUACUGUGUAUGCUUACUUCUUCCCUCGCGGUUUAUAUAUACAUCGGCCGGAAAUCUCGGCAUUCAGAAGAUGGAGGCAGACAAUCAAAAUGGCUGCGACCUAUUUCAAGGGAGUUUGUCGACUUCGGCUCCCACGAGCCUUUUCGUACCGCCCAGCAUAGACUACAGCAAACUGCUAUCCGGUGAAUCCUACUCCUACUUCUCAUCAUGCCCGCCCUUACUCGCUACAGCCAGCUCGACUGCGGGAGAGACCGAAUCGUUCCAAGACGACUAUCUCGUCCUUGGAGUCGACGAGGCUGGACGCGGUCCUGUCUUAGGCCCAAUGGUUUACAGUGCCUUCUACCUGCCGCGCCGGCUUCACCAUUCCCUUCUCUCGAAAGAAUACAGCUUCAAUGAUAGCAAAGUGCUUACUCCAGGAGUACGCAUGAAUUUAAUGCGACUGUUGUGCACUCCCAGAAAUCCACUUUUUGAGCAUUGCGGAUGGGCAGCGAAGCUACUUUCAGCACGCGAUAUCUCAUCAGGCAUGAUGCGACCUGGCGCUGGGUCUUACAAUCUCAAUGCUCAAGCAAUGGAUGCUACAGUCGAGCUCAUUCGAGGCAUCGUGGAGGAAAGAAGCCUGAAUGUGCGGGAAGUCUAUAUUGACACGGUUGGAAAUCCUGCGACGUACCAACAGAGGCUAGAGAAAAUCUUCCCAUCCUUGAAGAUAACAGUGGCUAAAAAGGCUGAUUCGUUGUAUCCCUGUGUCAGCGCUGCAAGUGUUGUAGCCAAGGUGACAAGGGAUAUCUCGCUUGAGCUAUGCCACGAAGAGGUUGCUAGAAGAUGGAAUACCCAGAAUUCCUCUCAGGAGGUUACCAUGCAUACUUGGGGUAGCGGCUACCCUUCGGAUUCCAAAUGUGUCACCUGGCUUCGAACCAACAUGGAUCCUAUUUUCGGAUGGGGAAACGAAUGUCGGUUCAGCUGGGGAACUGUGAAGGAGAUGUUGGAAUCGAAAGGAGGUUCAAAAGUUGACUGGCCGGGAGGGGGAGACAUGUCACAGCUCAAGGACUUUCUUUUGACAAAUGCUGGGGCCGGUACCAAAUCAUAUUAUGAAUUACGAGAAUGGUACGGCUCGAGGUCAACAGAUAUCCUUCUAUGACAUGGUGUGUGAUACCACCGAUUAGUCGCCAGUUAUGAUAAUGACAAGCUUGAUACCCCCCAUCUCGAUACGCACACACACACACACACACACAUAUAUAUACACCAGAAGUCAGUGCUCGUCCCUGAUAUAACACCAAAGAAAUAUGGGAAUAGAGACGUUCAUUGCAGCCGUGAGCAAUGGAUUGGAGACCACAUCAUAUUAAGGUAAUAAAGGUGAGCGGUCUGUGAUCAGGCAGGUCUUCGAGGGAUCCUGAACGAACCAGGCAUGGUCAUAGAUGGGGAUGGCAAACAUGCCAAGAUUGAAGCAAAAAGACAUGCUACAUAGUCGCAGUCG